AUGUUAUGUUCCGCAGUGAGAACCUUCUACGGGAAGUCCCCAGCUUUCCGUUCAUGACUAAUUACAUUUCUGUUUAUUGAGUUACUUCUUAAAAUAAUUCUACAUUCAUCGGAACUGGGCCUCCGAGUUAUCCACAGCCAACGUAGUCUACAAUAGGUUAAUGCAUCAUAGGGGAAGGACACACAAAUCCAUUACGUCAACGUUUUACAUGCAAAGGAGUUUAUAUAAUUUUCUUUAUAAGAUUAUCUAUUCAGUCAUGUCGGGGUAGACUCCUUUUGGGAUGUCCAGCAGAGAGAAAGGCUUUAAAGAACACCCUAUUUUCAAAUUUUUACGUUGGUUUUAAUUUUGAAUUGAUCAUGAUUGUUCUUUGUCAUUUAAAAAUAUGUUUUUGUCAUUGUUGUCGAGGUGUUUUUUAUGGUGAUCCAGGGUGAGCUGCAGUUGGGAAAUCUUACAAGCAGAUGAUUUACCAGCCGUGUUGUUUUUGAUUAACAUGCCGGGUUAUUGUUUUAAAGGUUACUGUGUAUUCAGUUCUUUUAAAAAAUCCAUGUUGUAGUAAUCCAUCCUGGUUUGUGUUGAAAUCCAGUCAUGUUGUAAGGGGAAUUAUUUCAUCAGGAAGGAUUUUUUGUCUGGUCUCAUGUUCAUUUAACUUUGUUUCUUUCUUAGUUCUGUAAAUCUUGCUUCAAACGGAUCAUUUAAUGCACUUUCAUAGGGUGUUACAAUGAAGUCUUUCUCUCUGCUGGACAUCUCUUUUUUUCUCUCUCUUUUUUCUAAUGGAAAUCCUACAAAAUAGUGCUUUCUUGCGGAGUUUGUGCCGUAACAGCGCCCCUGCAGAUCUGCAGUAUGAUAACUCCUCUGAACUCUAUCGCAUAUCGACAUAUGCUAAGUUUCCUACCUCUGCUCCAGUGACAGAGAGGAGUCUCGCUCGGGCAGGAUUUUAUUAUACCGGAAUAGGUGAUCGUGUCCAGUGUUUUCGGUGCAAUAUAACCGCCGAUAACUGGCAGUCAGGAGAUUGCCCCGCUGAGAAGCAUAAACAUCUGUCUCCUAACUGCAGCUUCAUUCAAAGUUUACCUGCUACCGCAAACCUCCUGUCAUCUUCCCAUUCCGCUUUCUCUCCUCUUCGCAAUGUUGCGGUCCUACAACUGUCAGCGCCUGCAACGGCGGGUGCAUCAACCACAGCCGCCCCUUCUUCAGGCCAGACAGAGGACCAAGUAUGUUACUUGAACAUGGGAUUCAGCAACCUGGCCCCUUCCAGUCCAAAUUCCUCCCGUGGUAUAGACGAUACGUCUCACCCACGACCGCCAGCUUGUCACAAUCCCGGCAUGCGUCGGGAACAGGAACGACUCGAUACUUUUCAGAAUUGGACGAUCGCCACCAUAACUCCGGCUGAACUCGCCAAAGCUGGUUUCUACUACCUUGGCCAAGGCGAUAGGGUGGCUUGCUUCAGUUGCGGAGGUCAGCUCAGCAGCUGGGAACCAGGAGACAGGGCAGUAUCCGAGCACCAGAGGCAUUACCCAAACUGCCGCUUUGUUCGUGGAGACCGUGCUGACAAUGUGCCGUUAUCUGGUGCCGGCCUUUCCAAUGUAUCCAAUUCGGCAAUGCAACAGUGCGAGGAAAGAUUACUCACGUUUGUCAACUGGCCUUCAAGAAUACCCGUUCGGCCAGACCAGUUGGCUAAAGCUGGCUUUUACUAUGUUGGUCGCAAUGAUGACGUGAAGUGCUUUUGUUGUGACGGUGGACUCAGAUGCUGGGAGUCUGGUGACGAUCCAUGGGUUGAACACGCAAAGUGGUUUCCGAGAUGUGAAUACCUUUUGCAAGAAAAGGGCCAAGAAUUUGUUCAUCAGAUUCAAGCAAGGUUUCCAAGACUUUUUGAACAGCUUUUGACUAAUGGAGAUAGCAACUCAAGGGAAUUUGUUGAUCCUCCUGUUGUACAUUUGGGUCCAGGAGAAGACCGUUCAGAAGAUGCAGUGAUGAUGAACAAUCCUGUGGUAAAGUCUGCCUUAGAGAUGGGAUUUGAACGUGGCCUGGUGAAGCAAACUGUCCAGAGCAAAAUACUCACUAGUGGAGAAAACUAUAAAACUGUUCAGGAACUGGUAUCUGAUUUACUAAGUGCAGAAGAUGAGAAAAGAGAAGAAGAAAGAGAGCUACUCGCUGAAGAAAUGGCAUCAGAUGGUUUUACUUUCCUGAAGAAACAUCACGUCGCUUUAACGCAGCGUCUGAAAAGCGUACGGAGCUUAAUGGAUCAUCUUCUCGAGGAAACUGUUAUUUCACAGGAGGAGUAUGAUACUAUACGGAACUGCACCACAGUCAAGCAGCAAACCGGACAGCUCAUCGAUUUAGUUUUGGCGAAAGGAAACGCAGCAGCAGAGGUUUUCCGCAACUGGAUCAAGAAGAAUGACGUGUACCUGUUGAGAGAACUGAUGGCCCUGACAAAUGAAGCUGCAUCACCGAGUCAAGAUCUUUCAGACUUGCCCAUGGAGGAACAGUUGAGAAGACUCCAAGAAGAGCGCACAUGUAAAGUGUGCAUGGAUAAGGAGGUGAACAUUGUCUUUAUUCCCUGUGGGCACUUAGUGGUGUGUAAAGAGUGUGCGCCUUCAUUACGCAAGUGCCCAAUAUGUAGAGGAUUGGUCAAGGGCACUGUUCGUACUUUCCUCUCAUAGAAACUGAAUGUUAACAAA